UAUGGCUACGGUGCAAGUUUUGUGUCCCAAUGGAAGGAGACAAAAUGUUAAAAUUACUCCAAAUUCAAAAUUGCUUCAGAUAUUGGAAGAAGUUUGUCAAAAGCAAGGCUUCCUUCCUUCCACUGACUAUACACUCAUACAUGGAAGAGUGAGUCUUGACCUAAGUCUGUCAUUCCGCUAUGCAAACUUGUCAAAUAACGUGAAGUUGGAGCUUGUGAAGACCAAGGAGAAGCGAGCUGAAGAGGAAGUGCUGAUUGCACUUCAAAUGGAGAACGGUGACCGAUUGCAGUCCAAGUUUCCUCCAACAGCCUCUCUCUGGGAUGUCCUGCUGUACUGGGAAAACCAACCUGACAGUGCCUACAAGAACAAACUGACUGCUGUUGACAGCACCCAGAAUCCUCCACUUCACCCUGUUUGUAUCUACAUGAGAGAAGAGGUUGUUGGUCAGAUGGCUAUACAGAUGAUGUCAUUAAGACAGCUAGGAUUAACAGGUGGAAAAGCUGUUAUCAGGUUCAUUCGGAAAUCUGUAGAAGACGGCGAGCUUGCUGAGAUUGUGCAGCGCUUGGAAAAGGACAAAGCCAAACAGGCCAAACUCGAAGAAAUUGCUUCUCGGAGAGUUGCCGAGGAGAUGAGCGGUGUUCAAACUUGUAGCAGAAACAGCAGCAAGACUGACUCCAUGCAGGUGGAUUCCUCCAGUUCGGACUCCAUGGACAAAUCCAAGAUGGACUUUCAGACUAGUGACACGCAGUCCAUGUCCUCCGCAACACACAACCAUCAUGAAGAGAUGGAAGUGGAGCAGGCUGGUCAUUCCCGUACGGGUGAUGGGACUGCGGGAAGUGCUGGGGGAGCCAGUGUGGGUGGUGUGGGAGCCAGUGUGGGUGGUGGGGGAGCCAGUGUGGGUGGUGGGGGAGCCAGUAUAGGUGGUGGGGGAGCCAGUAUGGGUGGUGGGGGAGCCAGUGUGGGUGGUGUGACUGGUAAAGGUGGCAGGGGAGUGACAGGUGGAGGUGCUGAAGGACAGCGUAAGAGUCAGAGUGAGAUUGAACGGCUCAGGAGUCUGAAUAUUCCGGGAGUGGAGAUAAUCACACCCGAUGACUUCAAUGAUCUCACUCCAGAGGAACAGCAGACAGCCCGAAGGUUGGCACAGAGAAUCAUGCCACAGUUGAUGGGUGAGUCAACACGUCAAGCAGAAUCCAGGCAAAUUCAACCAGUCUCAAAACCCAUAUCAGAACCACAGCAACCCCAGUUCGUGGAGUUUAAGUUUCCAGAAUCCACAAAGGGAAAGUGUUUGUACAGCAAUGACCAGAGUGAUGUAAAGAGAGAUCAUUUUAAGCCAUGUAGCCGAAAGGCAGUGUUGUAUAACCUGGAUGAACCUGUAUCACAUUCAGCUUCUGGACAAGAUCCACCAGAUGACUUUUUUGAAGUGACUGAAACAGAUAUAAAGAAAAUGGUGGCAGACCAACAGAAAAAGAUGGCGGAUGUGAUAGAUCCUCCUCUGAUGACACAGGCAAUGCGACAGGCAAGACUAGAGGAACACUACGCCAAGUACGACAAAGUUGUCAUCCGCAUCCAGUUUCCAGACAGGGUUGUGUUGCAGGGCCUGUUUAAUCCAAGAGAGAGAGUUCACGCAAUAUACAAGUUUGUUAAAGAAUACCUUGAAGAAAAAUCUUCUACAUUUUAUCUUUAUACAUCACCACCAAAAUGUGUUCUUAAUGAAAAGUCAACACUUGUUGAGGCUAGACUGGUUCCCGCUACGCUAAUGUACUUUGGUUCUGAAAUACAAAAAGAUCAUCACCUGUCCAAGUUGACGCUAUCUGAGAUUUCAUCAAGAUCAUGUGCAGAAGACGUGGCUUUCAGCAGUCUUCCGUGUAACAAUGAAGCAGGUGAACCAGAUUCCUCACGACCACAAAAACACACAGAGACCGAGCAACACACCAGCAAAUCACAGACCUCAGGCAAACUCCCAAAAUGGCUCAAACUUGGCAAGAAGUAAAAUGAAGAUCUGCUUCUGUGCCUUCAUCUAAAGUGUUGUUUCUGAAUGACCAAAUACAGAAGUGAAUUAUUGUAUUCAUUAAAGUUUUGCACUGUUAAAGGAUGGACAAUACAAGGAUGCUUCAAACUGAGUCUUAACUCUUGAUUUACUUAUUCAGUCCUUUAGCACAUGCCAUAAAAAUAAAGUAACCCAAGGCCUGCAGAAUAUGACACUGUAAAGAAAAACAAAUUGGUGCAUGCAAACAAAGUGCUGACCUCAGAGAAUUCAAAAUGUAGAGCACAAUAUUUUAUAACACUGUUACGGCUAUUCUGUUCACUUUUCAGUUGUACAGUCUUAAAUUCAUGCAAACUGCAAGUUGGUUGCAUGGUGAACCAUUAUGUUAGAAAAUUGCUAAGUGUCAGGUUAGGUCACAGGUUUUAAUGUGCACAUUCAGAACAAGCUGUUUAGCACACGGCUGUCAUGGGUGCAGGUGUUAGACUUUCGCCGGCUCCUCUGUUUAGGACAGGAAAAAGGUUUGAGAUGGGUGUUAGGGAGGUUGCCUGCACUGGCAUGUUCAAGGGAGCACAAACAGCCCGACCAGAGUCGAUAGUGGGGGCGAGGGUUAAUUUUGGUAUUAGUGAAUUUGCAAUGUCCCAUAGGAUUAAAGUCAUAUAGAAAAUGUAGCAUAAUUUCUUGAAGGUAAUUUUGAUGCAUAAUUUAGAAUGGUUAAUCGAAAUCGAAAACAGGAAAGGGGUUGGGAUGGGUGCUAGGGGAGUCACCCGAGCUGUUAUGUACAAGUGAGCACAAGCAGCCCGACCAGGGUCGGUAAUAUGCGAGGGUUGGUUUUGGUGCUAUUAAAUUUGCAAAUAUCCCGUAGGAUUAAAGCCAAAUAGAAAAUGUUGCGUAAUUUCUUGAAGGUAAGUUUUACACAUAACUUAGAAUGGUUCAUCAAAAUUGAAAAUGGAGCCAAUUGGUUGAUUUGACUUGGUUGAUCGAAAGGUAACUGUAGGAUCAUGGGACCUUUAUUCAUGUAUUCUUGCCCACAGGACUAAAUUAGCCAACUUUUGCACGAUGCUAGAUAAAUUUGCCUGACCUAGGGCUAGACUAUUUCUAUAGUCCAUCCCAAGGGGAAUGCCCUUUUUUAUGCUAUGGAAUUUACUACAAGUUAUUUAUUUCUGAGCUGAUUGUUUUCUAAAUUGGACACAAAAAUAGUAUUUUCUCUUAUUUCUAAAACACUUUUCUUCUUACAUCAAAUAAAACUGAAAUUAUUUACAAAAACAGUUUUGUAGGAGGAUGGGACCGAUUAUAAGUAUGUCUUGAUGUCAUCACUUAUGUUUUUUUUUCAGAAUUCUAUUGAAUUAUUUAUUUGCCAAGUUGCCAUACCAUGUUGAAUCAUAGUUUUAAAAAUAUUUUCAACUUUAUAUUUAUGGUCAAGUUGUUAAUGUUUAUGUAGUUGCUUAUGUUGGACUAUAUUUUGAUUAAAUUAGUUUGUAGGUAAAGUGUUUAUGAAUGGAUUGUUGUAAUUAAAUGCUCAAGCAAA